AUGGAUGUGCUCAACGCCACCAACGAUCUGCUGCCGUUACUGCCAGGUAAGCACGUUUCUAGACAGAGUAUUCCGUUAUGAUCUUCUGAUUUCAACCAAGGCUUUGAAUUUUCUGAAAAGUUAUUGUACAUCAUUUAUUUCGUCUCAGCUGCUUCAAGUUGACUGAACUUGAGAAUGCGGGAAAAUUCAGGGUUCUGUUUAGUUUGUGCUCCAUUUGCAUUGUAUUUCAAAGCAAUUCCUCAUUUUUGUCAUCCGUUCCACUAGAAGCUUUUCCCAUUAUUCAAUUCAUGUUUCUCUCGCAUCGUAAAACAAUUCACCACCGCCGCAAUAUGCUUCUUCUUCCUCUUUUUCUUCAUCUUCUUCUUCCACUUUUUGCUCCGACCGCCGCCGCCGUCUCGCACGUUCUUUGCGGUUUAUCGCCUACUUUACAUUUUUUGUUUCAAUAAGUUCAAGUAAAUCUUAAAAUAGACAAAAUUUCGCAAGAUUAGACGUCCCGUCAGGUGCCAAUGAAGUGGGGGUGGUCGGGGGAGGCCAAUAAAUGAGCCGCCGAUCAAACACCACGCGGAAAUUAUUAUGCGGGGAGAAUCUGGAGAUAAUCAUGCGAUUCGCGUGUUGCAGAAGUGCAAGACGUGCUCAGCGAGGAGUUUGAUGGCGUCGAGUGCAGUAUGGGCGCAGGAGUCGUGCUCGCGCAGGCUCCCUUCAGAAUGCCGUUCGCGCAUCUCGGAAGACAGGUAAGCGGGCUCUAAUUAUUAUCUUUUUUCACUCUCUUACAAAUGUUUCUACAAGCGGCCAAAGAAUACAUAGUCUUGCGGAUAGGAAAGAGAAAUAGAGAGUUCCUCGUGCACGUCUCUCCCGUUUCUUAUCUUUUCUCUUCGGCGAAUCUUUGAAAAUCGUACAGCUCUCCACACAAAUAUCGGGUUUCCCCCCUAUCCCUCGCCCUCCUUGCCCUCCAUUUCCACGUCAUCCGAGUCUUUUUACAGGUCACAUUCGUUCCGGACACGUCAUGUCUCGAAGAGUUCGACGGCGCCAAACUGCAUCGGAUCAACUUGGGACCAGUUAGUUUCUUGUUCUUUUCCACUGUGUACCAUACACUUGUCCCCUCUGUGUCCCCUCAGUUCACAUGCUCUCUCUCUAACGCUCCGGGAUCCGUCUCAAGAGAUUCUGCCGCCCGGCGGGAAGAACGAAAUGUCAAACAAAACGGGGGAGGCUUCUGAGCCAAUAGCGGACUAAGUGAACGGCUAAUAGCGGAAGAUACGAGGGAAACGAGAUAAGAGUAGCGAUCAGUGCACUUCGAAUGCGAGUUGAUACUUUUCUGUGCUUCCUGCCGAAUGGAUUGAGAGCCCAGACUCGAGCCUUUUGUACUGAAAACUUUCACUACAAAGUUCCCCGUAGAGGUGUAUUGCUAUUACGAAAUAAUGUAGAUAAGGUAUGCAAACUGUAGAACUUUCGGAUUUCUCGUUUUACAGAAAAGUGCAGUAUUCACAGACGGAGAGCCCGGCUGCUGUCUGGAACUGAUUCUCGGAGCAGGCAAGGACUGGAAAACUCCACUCACCAAACUGUUCACAAGAGUUUACCCGAACAAAUGGGCGUUCUUCAUUGCAGAACUCGAAUCGGUACCUCCCUCCGUCCUCCCCGAGUGUCAAACCUUCUCAGAUUCAGGGUCAAGCCACCUAUCACAUUCUCUCGUCGUCGCACGGACUCCUCAGCUCUGCAAGACGCGAAGACACCCCCGACUCGACCGAGCAGUCCUCGAUGGUCAGCUCUCCGACUGCUUCGGUCUCCGAUGCGACCAAUUACUCGCUUUGGAUUGUUCCCGUCACCAAAGUGUUCGCCAUUCCAGCACCGAAGAAAGUGAAGGUGAUCAGAAAAGUUAUCAAGAAAAGAACUCCCACCACUAUGGAAGGAACGAAUGGAACAACAACGAUUUCGAAUGGGAAUGGGCUUACAAAUGGACAUGUGAACGGAUCGAGUCCGGAAGAAGCAGAGAGAAAGGUGAGAGAGAAAGCGCCUGAAAGUGUGAAAGACUCCGGCUAAAGAUGACAAGUUUCCAGGUCCGUCUCGUCAAAAAGAAGCCGGCGGACAAGAUUGAAUCGAGCGGAGAUCACGAGAUUUCUCCAUUGAAUGACAUUCCCAAAACUGAAUUUGCCACUGUGUCGUCUUCUGAAUCGAUGAAAACAAUUAUCACCGGAAAAGACGAAAAAGAAGAAGCGGGUCCGUCGAAUGACAGUUCGGACGGUGGAAGUGCGUCCGAACUGAGAAAGAAGUUGACGGAGAAGAUAAUCGAACAAAAGUUCGUUGUGAAUGGAGAGGUUGGUGCCUGUUCUUCGCUCUUCCCUGCCCUGUCAAUUUAUAACAUUCGAGCACCACCGAGCAUCUCGCUUCACAACCCAAUUAGCCCGUUCUCUCUUUGCAGCAACGCACUCUCAACGGCACCCCGUCUCGCGGCCUCGGUCGUUCGAUCAGUCGCAGCAGUAUGACUCCCGAUCGGAGACUCGAUCCCAUCUUCGAGGACGGAAACCGAACACAAAAACAGUCGAUUUCGGCUGCCAUUUCUGCGAAUCGACCGGCGAUCACGAGGAAUUCGGCAACCCCGCCGAGCAUGCCGGUCAGUUCCGAUUCCAUUUGAUUCAUCUCUAGUUUGUUCUCACCGGAAAGUGAGGAUCCUCGCUCGGUGGGCACUCAAAUGUGAAAGUUUAUGACAAGGCAGCCAGCCACUCGAUCCGAAAUGUCGUUAUGUCCCUACCAGAUGUCCGAGGUGGCGGACCCGAGUGAAAUUUGUUAAAUCUGAUUGCGAGAAGCGGGGGAGUAUGGAAUCGUGUCUUGAAUUCAUUGGGCUUCUCAUGAACUGGCUCAGACUGUACUUUUCUUCACUCUGUUCGUGUUUUCUUGAAAGGGUAUGCUAGUCGGACUCUUAUUCCACUAUUUUUGACACUUUUCUAGUAAUAAAGUUUCCAGAAACUGUCCGAGAAGUGUCUUGUCUCACAUCCCUCAAAACCGAACAUCCCAGUAAUUGCGCUCCAAUCCGUGCUCACCAAGUGCUUCUCCUACGAACACUUGGGCCGCCUACGAGAAGUCCAUCCGCAUUGGGAUGAGAUUGCCGGACAACUUCUGAACUCUGGCUAUUACAAGUUGCUCGAGAGAUCCGACAAACUGCUGAUGGCUCUGCAGAGGAAGGUUGUCAGCGAUCCGGGUCUUCAUUACGCGACAAGUGUGCUCACCAACAUCCAAGUGCACAUUCUGAAUCCAGUUGACAUUAUGAGAGCGGUUAUUGAUGAAGGUACGGAUGAGAAACAAUGAGAGUUUCAAUAAUGUUUUCUUAGGAGUUUGCUGCUUUCCAUAUGGAGUGAUCCUCGACAAAACGUUCAUUUUGUUGGAUAAGGUGGAAGCGAUGCUCAACGGCUCUUACGAAGAGGACGUGCACUGGGAGCCGGUGGCCAAACUUUCCAAGCAGGCAGCAUCUCAUUACCGUGGAAAUCUGGAGCGUGUGAUGGAAGAACGGUAAGCCCCUUUUCUGAAAAAGGAAUAAGGAUACGCGAGUGAAUGAAUGUCUCGGCGCCGUCCGUCUUUUCGCUCAUUUGCAUUUUUCUGUGUCUCUUUUCCAUCCACACUUUCUCGCCACGAAACGGCUCAUCUUUCUUUUAUUUUGUGAGCUCUUCUCUUCUUCCGAAAGCAACCACCUUCUGGCCUCACUCAUCCGGUCGGAAUUUUGGAUAGACGAAAAGAGAAGGAGAGAAGGAGAAAGAGGCAACGAGAUUAAUGCGAAAUGUCAAAGAGCUCUUUUUGUGAGAACGAAGAUUGAUUUCAGAAUGGGCGAGAACCUUCGGCUGAAGGCUGCUCAACGCAUCAUUCGACUCGAAUCGUUCGUGGUCGAUGCACAGGUGGCCAAGUUGGAGAAAGACACUUCCAAGGUGGGCGUUCGCUCUCGAGUUGAGUUAAACUUCUCAAUGUCUUCAGGCAAAAGAGGAUCUUCGUUGGGAGAUUGAUCAACUUCAUCAGAAGAACUCGCAACUGCGCAAAGAGAACCGCGAGCUGAAAGCCAACCACAUGCGUCUGGAAUCCCGUGUGGAGGUGCUCGAGGGAAAAUUCAAGACGUUGGCUCGGCUGCUCAGCUGA